CAAAGCUUCAAAGCUUCAACGCAACAACGCAACAACCACCCGUUCUUAGACCACAGCAAACCGAAUUAACGUGCAUCUCACUCCUGUAAGCAGAGAUAUGCCGCUCGAGUAUAUGCCAUGCAGUGCUAUACAGAGCUGACGCCGCCGACGGCCGUGACGCAUUCGACGACGCUGCAAUUUAUCCCCGGGCAAGGCACGAACCUCGCCGUCGCCAAGUCGUCCCUCCUCCAAAUAUUCCGAACAAAGGUCGUUGCAACCGAACUCGACACAUCGCAGAACAACGGACACCGGACACGCAAUGCGAAUCGAUACGAAAGCCGGUUAGCCAACGACGAUGAUGGCCUCGAAACAUCCUUCCUUGGCGGUGAUAGCCUGGCCCAGAGAACUGAUCGCGCCAACAACACGAAACUGGUCCUCGUUGCCGAGUUUCCGCUUGCGGGCACCGUAACAGGACUCGUUAGGAUAAAGACACCAAACGCGCGCCACGGAUGCGACUCGCUUCUGAUCGCAUGCAAGGAUGCAAAGCUCAGUCUCGUCGAGUGGGACCAAGAACAACACACGUUGUCGACUGUAUCGAUCCACUACUACGAGCAGGACGAACUCCAAGGAAGCCCCUGGGCUGCCCCGUUGAGCCAUUAUGCCAACUUCUUGGCCGCAGACCCGGGCAGUAGGUGUGCUGCGCUCAAGUUCGGCGCCAGAAACCUAGCCAUCCUGCCCUUUAAGCAGGCCGAUGAGGACAUUGACAUGGGUGACUGGGAUGAAGAGCUGGACGGCCCGCGGCCGGCCAAGGACCUGUCGAGCGCCGUCAUAAAUGGAGCUAGCAACAUAGAAGACACACCAUAUUCACCGUCAUUUGUCCUCCGACUCACCAAUCUUGACCCAAGCCUGCUCCAUCCUGUGCACCUGGCCUUCCUGCAUGAGUACCGAGAGCCCACCUUUGGCAUUCUCGCCUCCACCGCCGCCGCCUCGAACUCGCUCGGCCGCAAGGACCACUUCGUCUACAUGGUCUUCACCCUCGAUCUCCAACAAAAGGCUUCCACCACCAUCCUCUCCGUCGCCGGCCUGCCCCAGGACCUCUUCCGCGUCGUGCCCCUGCCCGCUCCCGUUGGCGGCGCCUUGCUCGUAGGGUCCAACGAGCUCAUCCAUAUCGACCAGUCGGGCAAGCCAAAUGGCGUGGCUGUCAACCCCAUGACCAAGCAAUGCACCUCUUUCGGCCUUGUCGACCAGUCCGAGCUCAACCUCCGCCUCGAAGGCUGCGUCAUAGAAGUCCUGGCCGCCGAGUUGGGCGAGCUUCUGAUUAUCCUAAACGACGGCCAAAUGGCCGCAAUGACCCUCCGUAUCGACGGCCGUACCGUCUCCGGUCUGGAGCUGAAGAUACUCCCCGCAUCGUCCGGGGGAUCUAUCGUACCUGGCCGUGUCUCGACGCUUUCGCGGGUUGGUCGCAACGCCAUGUUUGCUGGGCUCGAGGAGGGCGACUCUCUCCUGUUCGGGUGGGCUAAAAAACAGACCCAGGCUGGGCGGAGGAAGCCCCGGUCCAAAGACAAUGCCGCGGACAUGGACGUCGAGGAAGAGGAAGACCUCGUCGAGGAGGAAGAGGAGGACGAGGACGACCUGUACGGCGAAGAUUCGGCACCUCGGCACCAGCCUGUGUCGGCAGUGAGCAGCCUCCUAAGUGGAGAUGCCAGCCUUCGCGUCCACGACCGUCUCCUCAACGUCGGCCCUGUCCAAGCAAUGACUUACAGUCAGCCGGUCUGGCUGUCUGGGAGUGAGGAGGAACGAAACUCGACCGGCGUCCACAGCGAUUUGCAGCUGGUCUGCGCCGUGGGCAGAGACAAGUCGGCCUCUCUCGCGAUCAUGAACCUGGAGAUACAACCAAAGGUCAUCGGCCGCUUCGAGUUCCCCGAGGCGAGGGGAUUCUGGACCAUGUCUGCCAAAAAGCCAAUCCCGAAAACGCUCCAGGGCGACAAGGGCGGGAAUUCUCUCGGGAAGGACUACGACAUGUCCGGCCAGUAUCACAAGUACAUGAUUGUGGCCAAGGUGGAUUUGGACGGCUAUGAAAAAUCCGACGUGUAUGCUUUGACAGCCGCCGGGUUUGAGGGUCUUGGGGGCACCGAGUUUGACCCUGCGGCCGGCAUCACCAUCGAAGCAGGGACGAUGGGUAAAGGCAGUAGGAUCAUUCAGAUACUCAAGUCUGAAGUCCGAUGUUACGACGGAGAUUUCGGGCUCAGCCAGAUAGUACCCAUGCUUGAUGAAGAGACCGGUGCCGAACCUCGGGCCAUCAGCGCAAGCAUUGCGGACCCGUUCCUACUCAUCAUUCGGGACGACUCAAGCGCGUUCGUCGCCCAGAUGGAUAGUAGUAACGAACUGGAGGAGCUCGAAAAGGAAGACCAAACCCUCGCUACCACCAAGUGGCUCACCGGCUGCUUAUACGCCGACACUACUGGCGCGUUUGCGGAAGAAGCGGCCGGGAAAGGGGGCAAACCAGCCCAGACCAUACUUAUGUUCCUUCUUAGCGCUAGUGGCUCUCUAUACAUCUAUCGGCUUCCAGACCUGUCGAAACCAGUCUAUGUUGCUGAAGGAUUGUCUUACAUACCCCCAGGCCUGUCGGCCGACUAUUCUGCAAGGAAAGGCACAGCAAAGGAGACAGUGGCAGAGAUUCUGGUGGCUGAUCUCGGUGACACUACUCACAAAUCUCCGCAUCUCAUUCUCCGUCAUGCAAAUGACGACCUGACGGUCUACCAACCAUUCCGCUACAAUACUGGCGCUGGUCUGGAGUUUUCCAAGACCCUAUUCUUCCAAAAGCUGUCAAACACGGCCUUUGCCAAGAGCCCCGAAGAAGCAGACGAGGAUGAGGCAACACACCAGCCUCGAAUCCUAUCCAUGCGCAGGUGCAGUAACAUUGCCGGAUACAGCACCGUUUUCCUCCCCGGCGCAUCGCCAAGUUUCAUUAUCAAAUCAUCCAAAUCAGCGCCGAGGGUGCUGCCGCUUCAAGGGACAGGUGUGAUAGCCAUGAGCCCAUUCCAUACCGAAGGCUGCGAGCAUGGGUUUAUCUACGCAGACUCUCACCAUAUCGCGCGGGUCACCCAGCUGCCGCAGGACUGGAGCUACGCGGAGACUGGACUCGCCGUCCAGAAGACAUCCAUCGGGGAGGAUAUCGCCGCUGUCGCGUACCACCCUCCCACGCAGAGCUAUGUGUUGGGCUGCAACACGCUCGAGCCGUUUGAGCUACCAAAGGACGACGACUACCACAAGGAGUGGGCGCGGGAGAACCUGCCGUUCAAACCCACCGUCGACCGCGGCAUCCUCAAGCUCGUGAGCCCCAUCACGUGGACGGUGGUUGACUCGGUUCAGAUGGAGCCCUGCGAGACCGUCCUCUGCGUCGCCAGUCUGAGCCUGGAGGUAUCCGAGUUCACCAACGAGCGGAAGCAGCUCAUCGCCGUGGGCACUGCGCUCACCAAAGGCGAAGAUCUGCCGACUAGAGGCCGCAUCUACGUCUACGACAUUGCUGAUGUCAUACCCGAGCCCGGCCGCCCGGAGACCAGCAAGAAGCUGAAGCUGAUCGCGAAAGAAGACAUACCGCGAGGAGCAGUCACCGCGCUGUCUGAGAUUGGCACCCAGGGUCUCAUGCUGGUUGCCCAAGGCCAAAAGUGUAUGGUUAGAGGUCUGAAGGAGGACGGCACGCUUCUGCCCGUGGCCUUUAUGGACAUGAACUGCUACGUCACCACCGCCAAGGAGCUCCCUGGGACUGGCCUCUGCCUGCUGGCGGACGCUUUCAAGGGCGUGUGGUUCACCGGGUACACCGAGGAGCCGUACAAGAUGAUGCUGUUCGGCAAGAGCUCGACCAAGCUGGAGGUUCUAAACGCAGAUUUCUUGCCCGACGGAAAAGAGCUCUUCAUCGUGGUAUGCGACGCCGACGGCCACAUGCACAUCCUCGAGUUCGACCCCGAGCACCCAAAAUCCCUCCAAGGCCACCUCCUCCUGCACCGCACGACCUUCAACACAGGCGCCCACCACCCGACCAAAUCCCUCCUCCUCCCGGCCUCCACACCAGCCGACAAAGAAACCGACAAGCAAAACGCCUCCACCAACCCCAAAAACCCCACCCAACCAGAACAAGAAGACCAACCCCGCGAACCCGCCACGCAAAGACCGCACGUCCUCCUCCUCGCCUCCCCGACCGGCGCCCUCGCCGCGCUCCGCCCCCUCCCGGAGGCCACCUACCGCCGCCUCUCGUCCCUCGCCACCCAGCUCGCCAACGCGCUGCCGCAGCCCGCGGGGCUCAACCCGCGCGGGUACCGGCUCCCCGGCGGCGGCGGCGGUGCGGCGGCGGCGGCGGACGCGGCGACGGCGGCGGGCGUCGAGGCCGGGAUCGGGCGCACGAUUGUCGAUGGCGCGCUGCUGGCGCGCUUUGGGGAGCUGGGGAUGGCGAGACGGGUGGAGUUGGCGGGGAGGGCGGGGUAUGGAGGGGGGGGUGGUGGUGGUGGUGGUGGUGCUGGUGUGGGGGAGGUUAGGGGGGAGUUGGAGGGGGUUUUGGGGUGGGCGGGGUUGGGGUAUUUUUGA